UUUUUCCUAACCAUCCAAGCUCAAAGGCUAUCAAUCCGGUGGAGCCAACUAUAGAUUGCGAGCCUCUCCAGGGAUUAAGCAGCGGUUCAUUCCCCUCCUUUGAUCAGUCGAGUGUCCUAUAGACCUAAAACACUCACAGACUUAAAGAAAAGCAGCAGGAUGGACAGAACAGAGCUCAUCCAGAAGGCGAAGCUGGCAGAGCAGGCAGAACGCUAUGAUGAUAUGGCGUCCUGUAUGAAGUCGGUGACCGAAGCUGGGUCUGAGCUGUCCAACGAGGAAAGAAAUCUGCUGUCCGUUGCCUAUAAGAACGUGGUGGGUGCCCGGAGGUCUGCCUGGAGGGUCAUCUCCAGCAUUGAGCAGAAGACCGAAGGAAACGACAAGAAAUUGCAGAUGGUGAAGGAAUACCGGGAGAAAGUGGAGUCUGAGCUGCGAGAUAUCUGCAAUGAUGUGUUGGAGCUUCUGAACAAAUAUUUAAUUGAGAAUUCCUCAAAUCCUGAGAGCAAAGUCUUCUACCUGAAGAUGAAGGGCGACUACUACAGAUACCUGGCUGAAGUGGCUGCAGGAGACGACAAGAAAGCAACCAUUGAGAACUCUCAGGAUGCUUACCAGAAAGCGUUUGAUAUCAGCAAGACAGAGAUGCAGCCCACACACCCCAUUCGUCUGGGUCUCGCUCUCAACUUCUCGGUCUUCUUCUACGAGAUCCUCAACUCUCCAGAAAAGGCCUGCUCUCUUGCUAAACAGGCAUUCGACGAGGCCAUAGCAGAGCUGGAUACUCUGAAUGAAGAGUCCUAUAAAGACAGCACUCUUAUCAUGCAGCUACUGAGAGACAACCUCACAUUAUGGACAUCUGACAACGCACCGGAUGAGGGAGAAGGAGGCGAGGGAGGAGAGAACUAAACACUCGCUCCUUCAACAACAACAAACAACCUUUUUACACAUCUCCAUUCCUUCUCACUCCAUGUCUGAAUUCCUCCAGUAAAGAUCAAACACAUGAUUAAUAAUGAAGAGCUGUUUAUGACAAAAAGAGAAAGAAAUCAUUUAGUCUUUUCACAGUGCAGCUUCUGGACAAGAAAAGAAAGAUAUUCGGGGAGAAACCCUUGUUCCCUUAGUCGGUUUGUCUUGGCCUUCCAUAAUGUGCAGUUUCUGCUGUAGUAAAAAAAAAAGUAUGACUAGUGUCAUUUUAUACAAGCGUAUAAUCUUAAAGUGAUAGUUAACGGAAAAGAAAUAAAUUAAUGAAUAAAUAAAAAAUAAGGACAUGCAUUUCAUCACAGGUAAGUCUGAGACUAAAAAAAAAAGAAUAAUAAUAAUUGCAGGGAUAUUGAAGCAUUUAGUUCAGUGUUUCUCAACCACGUUCCUGGAAGACCACCAGCACUGCAUGUUUUAGUUGUCUUCUCUGUCUGAUGCACCCAUAACAGGUCUUUCAGUCUCUGCUAAUGAGCUGAUGAUCUAAAUCAGGUGUGUUUGGUUUAGGAGACCUGGAAAAUGUGCAGAGCUGCUGGUCCUCCAGGAACGUGGUUGAGAAACGCUAAUUUAGUUAACACCUACUGUAUGUUGUACUUUAACACUCUUUACCCGUCUCACCUCAGCACUACCGCGGGUUGUGCACGUCCACUGAAAACCAGUGUUCAGUCACGCUUUAGAUAGUUCGAUAUGGAAAUUAAAUUAUAAACAAAACAAAAAAAAGAUGACGACACUUGCUGAAAUGGUGUACGUUUCCAAUCGCAUUUCAGAUUUUCCUUGGAAAUAUUAGCUAAUCUGCAGUGGUUAUGUAGUAUCUGACGGUCCUCCGGUUUAAUAAUAUAUUUAGUUUUCAUUUUAUUUUUCACUUGAUUUUGGCCUGUUAAGUGUCCCGUUUGCUCUUAUUUUAUGGACAUCGAGAUCAUCCAUAGACGUUAAAACCAUUUGUAAGACAACUUAGGGCAUCUUUUGAUUUGAUCUUGUUUUUAGUAAUGCUACGUUCAAAGUGACCCUUUCGAGUUAGCGGUUCCCCUCUAGCAUGCAGACCAAUUCUGACACUAUCUGUGGCACGGUUAUUCGCUGAUGGUCAGGUUUAAGUGAAAAGGAUUAUACAUCACGCUCUCGCUGGGAACUGGAGAGGAGAGGGAACGAGUGAGUUAGUGUUGUUGACUUUAAAACAUUGCAGUGCCACCUUGCUAAUAUUGGAGUUGUGUUUGUAAUGCUUUGUGCGCAGGUGUGUGUGGUUGUCCAGAGAGUGUCAUUAUAGAUUGGACCACUAUUAUUAUUAUGUUUCGUUUCUCCUUUUUGUCUUUUUUUUCUAUUGUGUAUGUGGUUGAUUUUUUUUUUUUCUCUUUCUCUCUUUUUUAAAUUUCCCAUGGAUUUUAGUCUCACAAAAGCCUUGUGAAAAUGUUUUAUGCCCUAUGUAUGUUAUGUAACAUGCUUAAAAAUUACAUUUUAUAAACCAA